CCAUUGCCCUUGGAUCAGCACCAAGCUUUCCACCGCAAUCGAGUUCUAGAAAGACAAACGAAGCAUACUCGAGAAAGCCAAUAACCGCGCGAAGCCCUCCUCGACGAAGCCAGAAAGCAAAGCGACUAUACUUUCACCCCCAUACCACAAUCAGAAUCCUAGCCAGCAAGAAACCAUGUCCUUCGAAAGCGUCAUGCCGCCGUACAACGCCACGGACCCGUCAGCCUCCUUCCUCAACUCCUCCUGUCUAGACUUCCUCCUCAUCGAGCUCGUGCCCAUGGCCUUUCGCGUGACGAGAGACCUCGAAGCCGCGCCGACUGAUGCGAAUGGUACCAGUGGCGGUGGUGCAGCAGGAGGAGGUGCUUCAGCUGACGCGCUGUCGUCGGUGAGCCACAGCCAGGGCGGGGGAGCAGACGGAGGUCCCGCGCCGUCGAGCGCGGACGGGGCUGCGGGCGGGAGCACAGUCAGGAAGCUGGAUGAGGACGAAGAGCGCGAUGCGGUGUUUUAUCGGUUGGAGACGCUGGGGUAUCGUGUUGGGCAGGGGCUUGUUGAGAGGUUCUCGAGAGACCGGCCACGAUUCAACGAUACGCUCGACGUCAUCAAGUUUGUCUGCAAGGACCUUUGGUCACUUGUGUUUAGGAAACAGAUUGACAACCUCAAGACGAAUCACAGGGGCGUUUAUGUACUGACAGACAACUCGUUCAAACCGUUCUCGAGGAUGAGUACAGAAGCUGGCGGACAGGCGGUUGUUCGGGCACAGCCGUUCCUCUGGUUCCCGUGCGGCAUUGUGCGCGGAGCGCUGGCGGCGCUUGGUAUCAAUGCCACCGUCCAGGCCGAGACAAACGAGCUACCCGCAGCUAUUUUCCAAAUCAAGACCCUGCCGUCGAGCACAUAAUACCCAACUUCACGUAUUGCGAAGCCCCUGUCCCAAACAAAUGGCGCGUCGGGAAAACAUAUGGAAGUGUCAAUGACACAGCAGGCAAGCGUUGAAAGAUUUUAGACUUAUUGCAGAAUAUCGACCAAAGAUCUGGUCAUUCGAGUUGAUGCCCAAGGUGUCUAACUCCAAUUACAAACCAGCAGCAAUUAUCGCCAUAUCCAAAAUUACCGACGCCGUUGCCCUACGUACCGCGGAUUCAAGAGAUCUCAACUGGUGUUAUAUACGCUGGUCAAACAUACACUUGCGAGACCAACAACACCUCACAGCCUAGGAAAAAGAAGAGUCGAUCA